CUUGUGGGAGUUUGUGUAAAAUCAUGAUGGCGGCGGCCUGUGCGAGAACGCUUAGUAAGGUCGGCCGGUUAGUUUUAGACACGCCGACAUGCCGGGUAACAAACACCGCAACAUUAAUGCCGAGAAUCUCCAUGAGAUGCCAAGGAAGAGCUUACGGUACCGGCGGAGCAGGAUUUAGAUCCAGACUUUCGCUCGCUGCGCCGGUGCGUGGCAGUGGGAGAGUCCUGGGAUGCGCUUUCCUGCUCGGUGGUGGUUUCGGCUUGUACCAGACCGUCAAACUCACGCCACAGCGUCACCUUGCAGAGGAAAAAUCAAAUGCUCCUGAGCUGGGGACAGAUCUGAAGUUGACUCUGUAUCAGUAUAAAACCUGUCCGUUUUGCAGCAAGGUGCGAGCCUUCCUGGAUUAUCAUGGUCUGCCAUAUGAAGUUGUGGAGGUCAAUCCCGUUAUGCGACAGGAGAUCAAGUGGUCCACUUAUAGAAAAGUUCCCAUCCUGAUGGUGAAUGAGACAGUGCAACUCAACGAUUCUUCUGUAAUAGUUAGUGUUUUGAAGACAUACCUGGUCAGCAAGGAAAAAACUAUAUCUGAGAUUCUCGCUUGUUAUCCUGAGAUGAAGGCAAAAAAUGACAGUGGAAAAGAUGUGAUAGAGUUUGGCAAUAAAUACUGGGUCAUGGUGCGAGACACAGAUGCUGAUCAUCUAUAUCCUGGAAAAGACACCAGAAAAGAGGAGAUUAAAUGGCGGAAAUGGGCAGAUGAGUGGCUGGUGCACCUAAUUUCCCCAAAUGUUUACCGUACGCCGACUGAAGCCCUUGCGUCCUUUGACUACAUAGUACGAGAAGGCAAAUUUGGCACAUUUGAGGGAUUCUUUGCGAAGUAUUUUGGAGCUGCUGCCAUGUGGAUCAUUUCAAAGAGAUUGAAAAAUAAACACCAUCUGCAAGAUGAUGUGAGACAGGAUCUCUACAAGGCUGUCAAUGAUUGGGUGGCAGCCAUUGGAAAAAACAAGAAAUUCAUGGGAGACGAUCAACCCAACCUUGCAGAUCUGGCCGUGUUUGGUGUUCUGAGGGUUAUGGAAGGCCUUCAGGCAUUUGAUGAUAUGAUGGAAAAUACCAAGGUGAAGAACUGGUACCGACGUGUGCAGAAGGCCACACAAGGAGUGUCAUAAAAUCAAAGCUUCCGACAUCGCUGCACCAACUUGAAGCACUUGAUACCACAGCAUAACUUUAAAAAACAAACUUGAUGCCAUCUAAUGGUAGUCUACUGGUUUUGCAAAUCUUAAAAGACUAAUUUUUGUCCAGUAAUUGAACUGGCUUUGCUUGGACUGUAACCAUGGAGCUAAGAAUUUAAUUCGAAGAGAUAAAAAAAAAAAAAACAUGCCCAAAUACCAUAGAAUGCUGUUCCUGACAAAUUUAUAAUCUAGUGAUUGUCUUUAUUUUUUAUUUUUUUUUACACACGUUUCUUGUUGUUUUGAAUUUUUUUUCUUCCUUUUGUAAUAUUGAAGUGCUGCCACCCUCAUCAUGUGGUGCUCAGGUUACCUAAGCAGAUGAGCUCAGCCCUGAUAGAUCAUGUAGAUGCUUACGUCUACCUCAGUUUGGCUUACUGUUCUCUGUUCAUAAAUGUCCAAUCUGAGGUUUGAAGCUGUGGUUUACUGAAUGUUCAUAUUAAUGUGUUUUGUCCUUGGGUUCUCAAGGGGUUUAACUUAAAAUGUGAUCUUACUGAGUAAUGGUUAUGUGAAAGUUGCUUUGGACAUUUGGAGCGUCCAGUUAACCAAGAACUUUUGCCUAUGCAUCAUCUUUUUGAUGACAAAAGUGAUAAAUAUUUGUCAAUGAAAUAAAUUAAAAAUCUCAAGCAGA